AAAAACAGCCUUCUGUAGUCUCCCUUGAAUACUCAGUUUACCGCCAGAAUUUAGAACUACAAGCACAGUGGACUUGCUUAUGUUAACAUGUCUCGCACCAGUUUAAGACGUCAGAUUUUCCAUAAAAAUCUAGACCUACUUUUACAGAAUGGUUCACUGGAUACAGUUGAUGAAGAAGUAAAAGAUCAAAGCCCAGGUUGUGGAAAUAAGGAGAAAGUAACAGAUCUAGAUGCUACAGUAGAAGGAAGUCAGUGCUCAGGACCUAGUGACAAUGCUGACCAAACGUUGUUAUAUAGGUCACCAAUAUACAGACCUAAACCCUUACAGCUGGAGAAACCAACACACAGUGAUACAUCUUCACCUCAAGCUGAUGGUGAUUAUGGUCAUUGUAGUACACCAUACCUGGAACCAUGGGAAUCAAAGUGUACUGGUGCUGUUGUUCCUCCUGGUACACCAUACCUGGAACCAUGGGAAAAUAAGUGUACCGGUGUUAUUGUCCGCCCUAGUACACCAUACACUGAGAUUGAUGAUAAUGAAGUAGGAAAACGGAAAAACAAUUGUAAGGCAGCACCGUUAAAAUUUGAAUUUCCGGCUCCGUCAACCUCUUCAUAUAAACGUUACUCUUUCCCGUUUUCUCCUAUACCUGGGGGAGCAUCACAUGCUCAGUUUGGAGGAGGUUGUGAGACAUGUGAGCAGGAUGUGAGAGCAUUACCAAUGAGUCCGGCACUGUUUGUAUCUCAAGCCACCAGCACACCUGGGCCAAAUAGUCACGUGAUGGAUUCACCAACGUGCCAGAGUAUUUUGGAAAAUAAUAAAAGUAUAUUUAAUUUCUCCGAGUGUAACAUGUGUCGUAUAUGUCACGAGGACGGCAGUAUGGAGAAGCUUGUGUCACCGUGUCAUUGCGCCGGCACCAUGGGUAUGCUGCAUGUAUCAUGUCUCGAGAGAUGGCUCGGAUCUUCAAAUACAACAAAAUGUGAAAUCUGUCAGUUCCAGUUUAUCGUACAGAAGAAACCUCGACCAUUAAAAUGGUACAUGCAGGAACCGACGUUGAAAGAAGACAGAUUGUUGAUAGUGAAGGAUAUAGUGAUACUGGUUACCCUCGCAGGACUUGUCCUUGCUGUUGCUGUACUAUGUCUUGUGUUUGCUAAACGUUUGACAGAUGAGCACAAGCCGGGACCCGCAGCUGUUCUAAUUAUUUUGACCGUCUGCUCCGUCAUGCUGUACGCUAUAUGGAUGUUUGUGGCUGUAAGACGUAUGAGGAGACGUGUUCACCUCUGGCAUGUAGAACAUCACAUUAUUCAGAUCAAGCAGAAAAACAGUUGUCCUGGUGAUACUAGCAAUAAAAUCUUUAGAAGGUUCCCGGUGAAGUUGCCGUCAGCUAGACAAAAGAAACCAACUUCAAAAAAGAAGAAAUGUAACAACAAUAAUUUAGUGUCUACUUCAUUCAUCGGCUGCUCAUUGGAAUCAUAUAAAGCUUGCCCAUGUUUAAUCCAGUGA